CAAAGAGUGGAAAGAAAGGCGACCUGCCAACUUUGUGCUGCCUCCGAAUUUGCGUAAUUGCUGUGGGCAGCCCAGCGCUAAAUGUGCUGUUGAGUGCCUACAUGGCUGAGCAAGGUGCCCAAGUUCAGUCACAACGAAGAGUCACAUUCCACCUCCCUGAUGGCUCUCAGGAAAGUUGCAGCGAUAGUGGGUUGGGUGAUCAUGAACCCAACAGCAGUGCCAGCACAUCGCAUCCUCUGCCCCUCGGUUUCCCACAGGAAGAAUACUACGAGCAAACAUCCCCUAGCAGGACUGAAGGUGAUGGCAACUCAGACCCCGAAUCCAGUGUAGAGGUGUCUCUUCAAAAAGUGCUGGCUGAAGCCUCGGAGACUUGCACGCAGGAGUGCCUCGUCCUCGGUCACUCUGACAACUGCUGGAUGCCCCCAUCACUGACCCAGUACCAGCAGCCUAACCCUCCCCUGCCAUCGAUUGGAUUUCAGCAAAGCUGGGGCAAAAACGGCAGGUCAGAGGGGAGGCACACUCUGGGGAGAGCCAGCAACAAGGACGACAUUGACAAAAACCAAGGCAGCGGCAGACAGCAGUUGUACAGCAGCUCGGAGAGACACUGCAGCAAUGAAGAUCCUGUGAAGGUCAUUCCCCUGGCAAACUUUACGCCAAACCAGCAGGGGUCAGUGUCAGGCGGCAGCUCCCCCUAUGUCCAUGAGCACCAGCUUUAAAAAACACCUCAAGCAAUGUUUGGGAAGAUGUAUAUAGUCGCUGCUUUUAGUCCAUGUUGAGCCUACACAUCAAAAUAUACAAGCCUGCUUUGCAGUACCAUACAUUUGCUAACACCUGUAUACCUUUAGUAAGGCAGGCCUUCCAAACCAGUAGUGUAUAAAGCUGUGUAUUAGCAGCUUCUCUGCACCAUUACAUUACAAACACUUGAAGGAAAUGUUUGUGUUGCAGAAUGGCAAAGGGGGUAUAUUUUCAGGAUUGAAUUUUUGUGGGCAGAUGUAUUUCACCAAAGUUCGGUGGCAAGCCAGAAUCAUCUUUUCUUUCUGGAGCUAAUGAAGUCAGACACUAAUCUGAAAAUGCUAGCAAGAAAACAGACUGUAUGAAUACUAUCAGUUUUACUUUCACUGAUCUUUUAAGCCAGUUUUACCCUUGUCACUCUUGAUCAGUGCCAAAAUCAGUAGGCUGGAUUCCCUUGAUACUUUGCAGUACAAGGAGCCCACUUUUCGGUGAAGUGAUGAUUCACAUUAAUCAUUUUUUAAAAGAAACAAUACAGUGGAAUACGCAUAGUCCGUGCUGUGGAUGACUGAUACAAGUUGUGUCACUGCCACUCUGAUCAGGAAAGAGAAGAAACACUUGCAGCAGAGGAGCUGACGCUGUCGAGUUUUACCAGCCCACCCGAUGAUGUGGCCUCCCUGAAACAGGUGCACAACCUUAUAAAAAAGAGGCACCGCAUCAAGGGACCCAUCUUAGUAAGAGUGACAAGCAGAUUUGAGAAACAAACAGCACAGGCCUUUAAAGCCACUGUACCUGGUGUUCUACCCCCCACUGCUACCAAGUUACCUAAAAUUGUAUUUAUUCUUUACAAAGUAGGUCUUGUUUUUAACUUGAAGAGGAUUGAAUGCUGUUGCGUGUGCAGCUCAUAUAUUACAUAUGUAGAGUAGUUUGAAGUCAAUGUAUUGAAAAUGUAACAUACAUUUUAUACUUAAAGGCUUAUAUACUUAUAGGUAAUUAGAAGCUAUCUGAUAUACUAUUUAUAUAUUGUAUGUUUGAUUUCUGAAUUAGAUUAAAGUACAGAUUGCCCUUAUUAACGAAUCAUAUAGGACAUUCUGCUUAAAAUCCAGUAGGAGUCUAAAUCUUAUCAGCUUCUACAAGGUAUAUUGUUCAAUUCCAUAGAGCAUUACUGUGUCUUAUAACUGAAUCUUCUAGGGCCAUUUCAGGUACGCUGCAACACAUAACUGAUGAGAGAAGUGGGCAGUGUUUGAUACUGACCUUUGAGCUGUACCUGCAGAUUACACUGAAGAAUUGAAGAACUACCUUCUCCACCCAGAAAUUCAGAUUUAAUACCAAAUGGCUUGCUACUAUAUUGUGACAUAAAUGAAGGAGCCUCUUGUUUGUUAUUAUGUUAAAUCAGGUAACAUGCACAAUUUCCAGGCACUCUGGAUACAUGACAAUCUAAGAAUGCAUUUAGCAAAGGAAAGGAGAAGACCAUAAAGACUUUAUGGAGUUUUGUUUGGGAUUACUGUAUGUAGCGUUAGCUAACUAGUCACUCAAAGCUGUAAAAACUGCAUUAAAUCUGCUGUAUGAUGACUGCUUGUAAAACAAUGGAAGUUGCUAUGUAUAUUAGAUGUGGGGUUUUUUUGCACCUAAAAUGGGGAUUAUGGGGGAAGCUUAUUGUGCUGUUUAUGUGCUCAGAGGGUAUAAGUGGCUUUGUAAUUUGUCAAAUGUUGUUUCACGGUAAUCUGUUCAAAUCACAGGCAGUUACAGUGUGCAAAAGAGCACCACCUAAUUAAACAGUUACUUUAAUCACCGAAUGAUGGAAAAGCAUUAAAAUAAAAUCAGUCUCGUCAAAUAAUUUUAAGUAUUUCUUGGUAGUGCUGGUAGCUUUAGGAUAUGGGAGUAUUUGUUAUUAUUUGUGCAAAGCAUUGCAGUUGAAAUUGCAUGUUAACAAAGAACAAUGUUAACCCUUCCAGAACUGACUUUGCCGAUAAGUUACCUGUAGGUAAAUUUGCAGAUUUUACUUAGGCCAGGAUUUUACGGUCCCUCUCGCCCGGUGGGAUAUUACAGUCCUGCCGAACUGAAUGGAGAUUUAAAUGGCUCGUCGUAUCCGCUGGGGGUGGGGAGACACGCUGCAGCGGGGCCGUAAAACCCUGACCUUAGGGAGGAGAGAAAACACAAUGGGUGUCCAUGUUAUUCAUUGUGUUUUAUAUUGAUCUGCAGAUGAUAUGCAGAAUCCCACUACCGGCUUGGAAAAUGUUUGUAAAACUCAGCACCAGGUUAGACUGAGGACCUUAACCACAAGAGGAAAUUUGUUGGCUGUAGUAAUUGUUAAUGUUUUAAUACCCCCCUUAUUUUUCUCAUGCUAUUUUUUUAAAAAAAAAUGAAAUCCUUCUACUCCUUUGGCAGCAAUGAGAUUAAAUGGUGUUGCACACAGACCUCUCUGCAGGGAAAACAGUGGGUAGAAUACAUGUUUACACUGGCUAAAGCCGUAUACUUAAACCAUUAUUGUUUUGAAAAAACUCAGCAGGUCUGGCA